UUUGUGUUCAGCAGGAUAGUCGCUUCAACCCUCGAGAGAAAACAAAUCGUAGUUAACGUUCAUUUUUGAGGAUUUUUCGGACGUUUUAACCUGAAACGAUGGGGAGCGACAGCACGGACAGACCCUGCUCGCUGAGUUUAUAGUAAUGUAUGGAGGAUACGCGGCUCUUUUUGGACCUUAAUGCCAAGUUAGCCGACCUGUUUCGUGUGCCAUGUGGGAGUAAACCUUCCCCAGGAGGUGCCAUGCUAGCCACACAGAUGCCUGAUACGCCACCUGAGGCUAAAGAUGUCAAACAGAUCAAAGAGAAGUUGGCGCAGUCGCUCAAGGCCCUGCAGAAACGAUACGUGACGUCAGACGCAGUGGUAACCAGCGAGGAUGGUGAUGCUAACCUGCUCUGUUGUGCCCUGGAGGCCAUCUUUAUCCAUGGUAUCAAGAGCAAGUACAUCCGCUCAGAGGCUGGGGGUCGAUCUAGGAAGGGGGACCGGGGAGCCCUACCUCAGCCGUUUUUCUGGAGCCUCCUCAAGUCCGUCACCCACCGUGACGUCAUCACAGAGCUAGAGAAGAUCAGCUUCGUGGGCACUGACGUGGGUCGAUGCCGAGCAUGGCUUCGUCUGGCCCUAAACCACGGCCUGCUGGAGUGUUACCUCGCGUCGCUGUUUCGGGAGGACUCCAAGCUGCGGGCCCACUAUCAGCCCUGUGCCUUGCUCCUGAACGCCGAGGAGCGGGACGUUCUGCUCAGCUACCUCCAGGGUCUGGCCUCGCUCACAUUCAACCUGUCGUACAAGUCAGCGGUUCUCAACGAGUGGACCACCACGCCCCUGGCUCUCGCUGGAAUCUGCCCUUUCUCCCAGGCAGAUACGCUCGACCUGUCCCUUAAUGGGGGUGACCAUCCCACCUCUAAGCCCGUGCGUAAGGAAUCGUGGGAUACAGUGUCUCAGUCGUCGGGCUCGUCGGAUGCUCUGGACAUGCAGAGAGGGUGCCCGGUGCUGAUGGCGGGGAGGGGGUCGAGUGCUUUACAAGCGGGCAGGACAGCGCUCAACUCAUCUAAUUUAAGCCUGGACACCACAGGCUCCUCUCAGCUCUCUUCCAGCUUGAGCUCUGACAGUCUCCUGCAGGGGCAGGACCCCCGCAGCCCAACAGCAGAGCAGUGGUCCUCAUGUGAUCUGGACUUGCCAAUUAAUGUCAACAUCAGCAACAAGAGGCCACAGAAAGAAGCACUGAAUGAGUUUCGGGAGAGCGGGCACUGCAGUCAGGACUCCAUGCGCGAAGACUCCUUUGUCUCAAGCACGGGUCCAGAUCAGUUUUCAGAGAUGGCCAUUUUCAGCGGCUCUGACAGCGAGACCCAGGGUCCUACUACACCAUCCCAAGACUUCAGCGACCAGACCUCAGACUCUGCGCUCCCCGAUUCAGAGCCACCACCAACCUCCGUGGAGCUGCCACCGUCUGAUGAGAACCAUGUAAACCACGCUCCCUCUGAAGUGUGCGAUAACACCUCUAAUGAGUUACACUUGGACACUGACGUGCUCUCCACUGUCAGUGAGCCUGUGGAGCCUGUAGAGGAAGUAAACACAUCCAGUGUUAAGGAGAGUAGUGAACCUGUCCAGGAGGAGAAAGAAGUAGAAAACUUGGAGAGGAGCACCUCAGAGCCUUCACCACACCCAGCAGCACGUCGCUCCACCAGCAUCCUGAGUAGGAAAUCAUCCUCAGAUUCUCUAUCACAUUCCCGUUCCUGGAUCUCCGAGGAUGACAUCUACAAGCCACAUCUGGAGGAGGUGUCUGACCAUGAUGAAGGGCUGCCUCCUGCUCCCACGCCUGAGCCCAACGUCUCCCUGUCACCUCCAAGUGUUGUCCAUCGCAGACAAAUAGGGCUGUCCAACCCGUUUCGCGGCCUGCUGAAGCUCGGUCAUCUAGAGAGACGUGGCGCGAUGGGAAUGUGGCGCGACUACUACUGCGAGCUGUCGCCUUUCGAGUUCCGCUUGUACUUGAAUGCGGAGGAGCGGACGUGCUGCGACAACUGCUCCCUGCUACGAUGUGAGGACGCUCGCAUCACCUCAGCCGAGGGCCGCUUCGAGUUGGCCUUCCCCGGGAAGCGACUGUACCUCAGAGCGGCCAAUCAUGACGAAGCCGAGGACUGGGUGGACCGAAUAGUAGAGGCCGUCAACAAAUGCCGGCCGGCGUCUCGUGCGGAUGAGCAGUGGGAGGUGCUGCAGCCAUCCAGUGAGAAUGGUGCAGAUGAACGCGCAUCCCCGUCCCCUGCCCCCUCCAGCCCUGAGAAAGGCUUAUCACCCUCCGACACACGGAUUGGUGGAGGGCCAGAGGCACCUCCUCCUCUACAGGAGCUCGACUGGACUCGGACUGCUGAUUUGGAAACAGACGCCAUCAAAGAGGCUGUUUUGUACUUCUCCACGGACCCUGAGGCUCGGACGUGGGUACCUCUGGUCUUCUCCCUCUCUUUAGAGGCCUUGAAAGGAUUCCGGAUACAAGGAGGGAGAAAGUUUCUGCAGGUGACCCAUCCCAUUGAGGAUAUCCGGGACGUGGUGCCUGACGUCUCCCAGGGAGGACCGGAAUUUUUCAAACUCUUGACCGUGAGGGAGACGCUCAGAGUCAGGGCAGAGGACCCAGAUGAGGCUCGCUCUUGGAGGAUUUUGAUCCGUGGAGCUCUGGACUCUUACCUGGAGAGCGGGGAGGAUGAGGGCUCUGAGGAGCCAGCUGCAGUUUGCCAGGGUGUGACCGGGAAUCUCCACAGACUGGUGCAGCACAGACUCAAAGAAGAUGGAGUGCUUCUAGUUCACCUUUGCACAGUGCCCUCUGAGAAGGGGCUGGACACUCAGAACUUUAGAUGUGCAGGGUGUCCUCAGCAGAUUGGCCCAUCCCGGGGCAGAGCCAGGUUAUGUGAGUUCUCAGGCCAGUACUACUGUGACUCCUGUCACCACGGCGACACCACCAUCAUCCCUUCGCGCAUGGUGCACAACUGGGACCUCACGCAGCGAGAGGUUUCCAAGAAGGCCCUGCGGCUGCUGGCUCAGGUGAAACACGAGCCUCUGCUGAACCUGGAGCAGUUAAACCCUGAGUUGGUGAGGCAUGCCGAGUCCAUGGCUCAGGCCCACAGCCUGCGGCAGAAGCUGCGGCUGCUGGGCGACUACCUGCUCACCUGCCGCAGCGGAGCCUACAAGAAACUCCAAGCCAGAAUGGGGCAGCGAACGUACCUGUUGGAGUCGAGCCACAUGUACAGUGUGGAGGACCUACGUCAGAUAGCAGAGGGCCAGUAUGCAACCUACCUGAUGACGAUGUCACAGUUUGCCUCCAAUCACGUGUUUCACUGUGACUUGUGCACUCAACGUGGCUUCAUUUGCCAAAUAUGCCACGCCAAUGACAUCAUCUUCCCCUUCCAGUUUGACAGCACCACCAGGUGUAAAGAUUGUAAAGCUGUGUUUCACCUGGCGUGCAAGGCUCCCGAGCGUACGUGUCCUCGCUGCCAGCGAAUGAAGAAAUACCUGGAGAGGGAUCUUCAGGACUGAGCGCAGCCAGCAGGACCUAUAGCUCAUCACAAAAACCACCUUUGUCGAGAAGUUGGUCAGCUGCUUGUGGGAAGAAAAAUUACAGAAAACUAAAACAAAAUCUAGCUUUUACAUGAAGUAACCUCAAGUGCAAUUACAAGUGCGAUUAACCUGCCCUAACUGACCUUAAAACUGAAGAGGGGGGUGUAAGAGCCACUGUGCUACAGCAGCCAGACUCUCUUGCACUAAUUUAGAGGCACAGUGAGCCUCGUGAUGCUGACGUGAUGCAGCCAAAUGUUACUGACUUCAAUACCUCUCUGAAUUCUGACUCAGCCACGGCAUCAACAGGAAGGACGGGACAGUGAAGGUUGCCAAGAAUUGGAUCCAGUAUAUUUUCACAUUGUGGGUUUUUACUUUCUUUGUCUCAUUGUGUCAAAUACAGUCUUAUCCAUCAUGUUUACCAGAAAUAUUCUAUUCUGCAUUUUGUCUCGGAUGCACAAAGUCUCAUAUUUAAACAUAAUAUAGCCGUGAGGUUUGGUACUGUACAUGCAAAAUAAUGAAAACAGCACUUGAAAUGUUCUAAUUAACAAAUUUUGAUUGUGCCUUCUUUUCUUUAAUUUGAGCUUUACACUGUUUUCUUCUUGGUGUGUCACUAAUACAGGGCCAAUGAACAUCACACAAGCUGUUUUUAUUUUUAUUUAGUUAUGUUUUUUUGUACGGACUGGUGUGGAGGAUUUAGGGCAGAGGUUUUCAGCUGGUGGUCUGUGGCAUUGUAGGUCCCUAACCAUGUAUUCAAUAGUGUAGUUUCACUGUGGGAAUCAUUGUUUUUUUUAUUAUAUAUAAUUCUAAAAACACAUUUCCAAAUAAUUAUUAAUUAUUGUUGUGUGUUUUUCUAAGAUCUUAUGAAUCCUCCCUCACAUCUCUCCUUGACUUUGUGAUGUUUUCCAUCAUCAAGGUUGAGGAUGAAUGGUUAGGAAAGGACAUAGGAUAUAUAUAUAUUUUUUUUUUGACUCUCUGCCUGCAGCCUGACUCUAGAGACUGCCUUUGAUGUUUUUACAUCACCUGAAGGCCACUGUAGGUUCUCCUACACGCUUUGAAAUGGAGGGUUGAGUGGAGAGGGCUUCACUUGGUUGCAGUCUGCAACUUCACCACUAGAUGCCACUAAAUCCUACACACUGGUCCUUUAAAUUGUCUUAACCAUGAGGUGAACAUACACACCUGCAUUGGAAUCUUUGAUUUAGUGUGAAAUUAAAAAUCUGUCACCAAGAAGACUUUGUGGAAUGUUUCUCGUAAGAUAUAAUUUUUUUAAAACUUACAAACAGGCAUUGAUUCGUAUAAUUUAAGAUAGAGCUAUGUAUUCCUAAUGGGUCAGAGAAAAAUGUCAAAGAUUUGCUGUUUGUCUGAUGAGCCACACUGAGAUAAUUCAUAAAGUUGUUGAUGUAAAUAAAUUUAAACGUGUGGCAUAAAACAUUUUUGAAUCAUGCUGGUGGAAAUUGAGAUUCUCUUGGAUUUCACAGUGAUUCUGAAAUCAAAACAUAUUUUGCAUAUUUGCACUUAGCUAUGACUGUUAAAUGGAUAUUUCAACCACAGUUUAGUUGUAAUAUCCUCUAGCACAUGAAAUUACCCUGAAACUAACAAACAAACCUGCGUCACUGACAUGUUUUUGUUUUCCAUUUUGCUUUAUUUUAAUCUCUUGAAUGUUUGACUCUGAUGUAGAGCUGAACUUGCAGAAUUACCUUAAAUUAUAACAAAUACAUUUUUUGUAGAGAACAAGAAUCAAUGAAGGUUUACUUAUCAAAUUCAUUUUGAUACAUGCAGAACAUAUCAUUUGGAAGUGGCAAGUACAAAAAACUUGUACUGUUAUUGUUGGUUUUUAGUGUCCUAUCAUUUAGUGUGUAUGAUGUAUAAAUAAAAUAAAAGUCUAUGUUAUCUGUU